AUGGACCCCGACGUCGACGUCGAUAUGGCCCACGAUGAUGAAGACGACCAGGGUGAAAGACUCAUCAAUGAGGAGUACAAAACAUGGAAGAAGAACAGCCCCUUCUUAUACGACAUGAUUCUUGGUACGGCACUUACGUGGCCUACUCUUACCGUCCAAUGGUUCCCCGACGUCAAGGAUGAAGGGAAAACCUUUCGGACGCACCGCCUGCUGCUCGGUACCCACACGUCCGACGAGAGCUCCAACUUUUUGCAGAUUGCCGACGUUCAGAUUCCCAAAGCGCUCGCGCCGAACCCAGUCGACUACGAUGAGGACCGUGGCGAGAUUGGAGGGUACAAUAAGUCGGGAGAGGUGGCUGCAAUAAAAUGUGACAUUGUCCAGAAGAUUGAGCACCCCGGCGAAGUCAAUAAGGCGCGCUACCAGCCUCAAAACCCAGACAUCAUUGCUACAUUGUGUAUCGAUGGCAAGGUUCUCAUCUUUGAUCGUACAAAGCACCCGCUUCAUCCUUCGUCGACCGGCAGAAUCAAGGCACAAAUCGAGCUAAUCGGCCACAAGGCCGAGGGCUUUGGCCUAGCUUGGAGCCCCCACGAGGAGGGUUGCCUGGCUUCAGGAAGCGAGGAUAAAACCAUGUGUCUUUGGGACCUGAAGAAGCUCGAAUCUGAUGUCAGAAUCCUCAAACCUACACGGCGUUACACCCACCACACCCAAGUCGUCAAUGAUGUCCAGUACCAUCCGAUUUCAAAGAACUUUAUCGGCACCGUUUCUGACGACCAAACACUGCAAAUCGUCGAUAAGCGCCAUGACGAUACGACCAAGGCUGCUGUAGUCGCCAGAGGCGGCCACUUAGAUGCCAUUAACGCCUUGGCUUUCAACCCCAACACUGAGGUGCUGGUGGCCACUGCCUCUGCUGAUAAGACGAUUGGUAUAUGGGAUCUUCGUAACGUGAAAGAAAAGGUGCAUACUCUGGAAGGCCACAACGAUGCUGUCACGUCAUUGUCGUGGCACCCCAGUGAAGCUGGUAUCUUGGGUAGCGGAAGCUACGAUAGGCGCAUCAUGUUCUGGGACUUGUCUCGCGUUGGUGAAGAACAGCUCCCUGAUGAUCAAGAGGAUGGUCCUCCAGAACUGCUUUUCAUGCAUGGCGGCCAUACAAAUCACCUUGCUGAUUUUAGCUGGAACCUCAAUGAGCCUUGGCUGGUGGCAAGCGCCGCCGAAGAUAACCUUCUGCAGAUAUGGAAGGUUGCCGAUGCCAUAGUGGGCAAGGAUGAUGGCGAAUUGCCCGUGGACGAGCUUGACCAAUAG